AUGUCAAAUUUGACAAAGCUGGAAUUCGUGGCCCUGGAUAUUUCUGGCAAAAAUUAUUUAUCAUGGAUUCUGGAUGCUCAGAUCCAUUUGGAUGCCAUGGGCCUUGGAGACACAAUUAAAGAAAAGAAUGAUGUAUCAUUGCAAGAUAAAGCAAAGGCCAUGAUUUUUCUCCGGCGCCAUAUUAGUGAGGAACUGAAAAAUGAAUACCUCACUGAAAGAGAUCCACUUUGUUUGUUGGACAAUUUGAAAGACAGAUAUGAUCAUCAAAAAACAGUUAUCCUCCCAAAGGCCAGGGCUGAUUGGCUGCAACUGAGGUUGCAAGAUUUCAAAACUGUGGCUGAAUAUAACUCUGCCCUAUUCAAAAUCAGCUCUACAUUGAAAUUAUGUGGUGAUACUGUUACUGAUGAACUUCUGCUAGAAAAAAACUUCACCACAUUUCACGCCCCGAAUGUACUCUUGCAACAACAAUAUCGAGAGCAACAAAAUAAUGAACUUUUAUUGAGAAACCACCAGUCCCGUCCAACUGGAUCGACACCGAUCCUAGAAACAUAUGUUGCCUCAUCCCGUGGUCGUGGACGCGGACGUGGACGUGGUCGUGGUGGUAGAAAUGAAUAUGGUCGUGGCAAAAAUAACUACCGCAAUAAUGAAUAUGGUCGUGGGCAUUGGCAAAGUAUUUGUCGUACACCGAAGCAUCUGGCUGAUCUGUAUCAAGCCUCAAUAAAAGAAAAGGGAAAACAAAAGGAAAUGAAUUUCCUUGAUCAUGAUGAGCCAAUUGACACCACAAAUCUGGAAAUGAAUUUCAUUAAUCAUGAUGAGCCAGUUAACAUCACCAAUCUGGAUGUAUCAGAUUUUUUUGAUGAUCGUGAUGGAAGGAUAGACUUCCUGAUUGGUGAUGGAAAUGUCCACACCAGUUAA